CUCUCCCACUCGACUUUCGAGAACAUUCCACCGCCGUCCUUUACCCGCUGACUCUUGUGUCGCCUUGUCCGGUCGUGAAGGCCGCGCUCUCUUCAACGAGGCACUCGGCGCGGGGGACAUGGAAUGUUUCCUGCCGUUGAUCGAGCAUUUCCACACGCAAUCCGACCCCGCAUUCUGCGGCCUGGGUGCUUUGACCAUGGUCCUGAACGCGCUUCAGAUCGAUCCGGGGAGAACGUGGAAGGGUCCGUGGCGGUGGUUCGACGAGUCGCUCCUGGACUGCUGCGCCCCCCUGGACGUGGUGCGCGCGGAGGGCAUCACUCUGGCCAACGCGCACUGUCUAGCCCAGUGCAAU